AGAAAGUACAUUAUUGCACAUGGCCCUUGUCCCAUAGAAAUAUACAGAAUAUCUACUUUUUUAUCUUAUUUUCAGAAUAUAGUAGAUCUUCCGGAUAAUGUUCUGUUGAACAUAUUCCAGUUCUUCAAUGUGAUAGAACUUAUUAGAUCGUUUGCCUUUCUUCAUCCCAGGUUUAGUGACAUAAUCAACAACAACUCUGUGCUGUGGAAAACAGUUGCAUCUGAUGAUCAGCUCACUAUUAACAAAGACAACUUACAUACAAUAUUGAAACAUGCAAGAUGCAUAGAAGUAUUUGCAAUCAGCUAUCCAAUAUUACACAUCCCACCUGCCCAUAUUGAUUUUGCUCUAACUGUACAGUUAUUAGAAGCUAAAAAGUUACAGUAUCUGUCUUUGUCAGGUUGGCCAGUAUCAACUCUAGCAUUCAUUGAAAGUGUGAAAAACACCCUAGAAACCGUGGAACUAAACUUUU